AGAAAGUUUCAAAGAUUGGAGGUCUGUGUAGUUACAUUUGAAGUUAUAAUUGUUUGAUAAUAAAUAAAACCUAUAUCUUAAAUCUUAAUGAACUCACCCUCACUGUCUCCUGAUAGGAUGGCAGCAAAGCUUACCCGAGAACAAAGUGUGGCAGAGAGCCAGGUUCUGAUAGAUGCGUUACCGUACACAGACGAGGGUUAUGAGGAUGAGAAAGUCAGGGAAUCUGCUGCCAGACUCAUCGAGGAGGAGGUGAAGCGUUACCACAGCACUAAGAACUACCUGGAGCACAUGCCCGGGAACCUGCACGAGAAGUGGGAGACCCCGACUAUGAGGACCAUGUUCGAGAGACUGGACGCCAGACAGCCCAAUGAAAUGUUGUCUAUGAAGAGGUGCGAGCUUCCCCAGCCUCCCCCUGGACAGAAACACGACGUAUCAGCGUGGUUGUCAGCAGUAAGCAACUCCCGGGCUCAGCUGGAGCAUCAGGACGUGAGGCUUGCCAACUUGGAGCUCCUCAAGGACUACGGGUGUAACUCGUGGACUUUGUAUCUGCAACAACUUCAGAACCUGUCUGAGUCUCAGCAGGCCAAACUUCAUGCUCUCAAACAAAACAUACAGGAUACGAACUGGGCCCGAAAGAGAGAACACACAGAAGCGGGCAACAUGCUUCACAAACUAGAAGGGGAAUGGUUGGAACUUGUCGGGAAGAACUACGCAGUAGAACGGGCGUGUGCCGAGCUAGAGACAGAAGUUGAUAAUUUGGAGACUGAAAAAGUGGAGGGUCUCAAAAAACAGAAAGUUUCUGAGGAGACCGAAAUUCCCGCUGACGCUUCAUGACAGUUUUGGUUGAAAGAUAUUCUUGAAAAUAAGCCCGUUUUAGUGGAAAGAGCCACUUAUUCAGAUUAUAUUGGAUCAGGAAUCUAGUGGACAUUUAUUUGUCCAGUGUUUAUUAUCCUUUUUACAAUUAUCAUCCUUAAUACCGGUAUAAUGUGACGUCAUAUAACAUCUGCUGCCUCUUGGAGAGAGUCUACAUUCUAAAUUAUAGCUGGUCAUUGUUCGUUUUAUUGGAGAUUGUUACCAUCUUUCGUGGGGUUGAUGUUAAGUUUAGUCUUAUUGUAUAACGAACGAUGGUAUGCGUUUUUGAAGCUUUUACUAUUAUUUUGGCUGCAUUUUUAAUAGUUAAGACUAAAAGUUUUUUUCUAAUGUGUCUCUAAGGUUUGGUCCGAAAAUAUGACGUAAUCCGUAGGAAAACUUUUGGCUUAAAAAAAGCUGAAAUAUAAUGCCCUUAAAAGGAGCUCACAUUUCAAGAUAAAGAAGCCGACCUAUUAGCCGUGUGUUCAGGCUAUCUUGUUAUUUAUUUCGUAGAUGAUAACCAUGACCAUUUGAACGGGUCUCAAAUUUCAAUACCUUUCAUUGCUCAAACUUUAUUCUAGAAAUUUCCUUUUAUCCCUCACUCUUGUAUUGACUCGAAUCUCGAUUUUCUGGUUCGUGAAUAUCAAAUUAAACCAGUAAUAUCGGUAUCGAACGAUUUUUAUCAAGUACGCAUGAGGGAAAUUUGGCAUUCUUCCAAUUGAUAGGAUUCCCCGAAUCACCCUGGACCUGUUGGUAUCUCAGAUUCAAUUAUCUUUGAAUACUGCUCAUAUUUCCGAUCGUUUAACACGUAAGCCUUUGUGCACCACCACAAUUUAUUUUAAAGUUUUAUUUGACAAGAUUUCCAAAUAUAAUUUGUGUCAUGACUGCUUUUCAAUCAUCAAGUGAAUUCGAACAGGCGUAACGACUAACGAACAGCCUAGCAUAUCCCCAUUUUUAAUUAUCUUGAAAUUAUCUUACAUUUUCUCCCCGGCCCCUGCGGGACAAUAAAUCAUAGAUUGAUGUAAUUUUAACCGUCUCUUCUUCCCGAUAGCUUAAACAUUAGUCGUGUUCAGAACGUAUAGUUCAGAACAACACAAAUAUCAAGGAGACGCCGACACCACACCUCUACUCUACUCUUACAACCGCUCUCAACCAACCAACCAACAAAUUCAGAUAUGCAGUACACACACCCUUGUAAACUCGCGAAGGCCGGACAUGGUCCCAUCGGCCUCGGCCGAUAAGUUAGCUUCACAUUCAGAGUAUGUUUUAGUUAGCUACGUGGGGGAUACUCCAGCUCCAGCUAGAGUUGGGGAGUACGACAAGCCAACUCCAGCUCAGAAAGAAGAGACUUGCAAUGUGCCCCAUUCCGUGCAACUGAACAUAAAGGUUAUUGGAGGUGAAGGAGUUAACCCUCUGCUCUCUUCAAUACAGCAGGAUUUCCCCGGAGAGUUUGUAGAGUACACGUUGUUAGACUACUACGGAGGUUUGGGUCGGAUACAGACCCUCCGGUUUAACCACGUACUCUACAUGCCCAUGACGCAUAUUACUGAUAAAACCACAAAGGAAUGUUUCCAAGAGAUGUUGGAGCACUGUGAAGGGACCCAGUCAGCCCAGCAACUAGUAGCCUGUAUUGAGCGGUCUGCUCCGGAACGUGUAUCCCUUGUCCGCUCUCUCAUGUUCAUAGGUUUUAAGGCUGUUACCUUUGUCAAACAUCCCCGUCUCGUACCAAAGAACACAAAGCUUAUUUUCAUGUUGUACUGGAUUUACAAAGAUAAAGAGUUAAUUACGAUUGAACCUUAGUUUCCAGAAAUGAACCCCCCUCCAGGUACUUGGUUGAUGUGUGGGAGUUUUAUUUCUGGUGCUAUAAUUUACUACAAAAAUAAAGAUUUUAUCAAGAUUUUUAUUUAAAGAUACUUGAUGAUUAGCUAUUUGAUUUAUUAUUACAAUACGUCAGGCACACACGCGACCUUUUCAUUUCAAC